GGUAGAAAUUUUAAAAUUCUGAUUCUGAAUUCUAAACGAAAUUAUUAACAAGUUGGAAUCGCAAUGGGAACACCACGUUCGAUUUUAUACAUUACAUGUUUAAUGGGCAUAUUACUAAACUGGUGCAGUGGGACACCAUUUCCUGAAAAGUCAACCCUUAACAGUCCAACAGUUGAUCGUAUAUUUUCUAAAGUUGCAAUAGCUGAACAAUACAACCUUCUAAAUACCGAUAAUAAUAAUAAUAAUGAUAAUGUUAAUCAUAUUGAACCAGAGAUAAUGCCAAUAUCUCCUGUACGAUUCGGUGGUCGACAUCGUCGGCAUAAUCGUGAAAUGCGACGUCUUUUACGAAAACAACGACGUAUGAUGAGAGAACAACGCAGAAUGUAUCGUCGAGGUUAUGGGCCUUUCUAUAGGAAUCGUUUAUAAAUAAAAAAAACUUUGGUAAUUCAUCCUCCUCCUAGUAAGUUUCACAAGAGCAAUAUCGAUUUCUUCUAAUAAAACAUUCUAAUAGACUAUUUUAAAAUUGGCGCAUAUUAUUUAAACAAAAUAAUUAUUUAUAACUAUUCCAUUCAAUGUUUCAAUGUUUUUAUUACUCGUUUAGUUAUUGUUAUUAUUUUUAUGGCAUUUUUUUACAUAAAAUUGUCAUAUACUUAUUACUGUUAUGUUGUUAACUUUAACAAAAGUAGAAAGAGUUAUUUGUAAAAAAAAUAUUUAAUUAAUUAUUUAAUUACUUAAUUAUUAUGCUUCAUUAAUGAAAUGAAAGACACUUUGUUCAUUCAUUAAAUUUAAACUGUGA